CAAAUAUGCAUUUGUGUAUAUGUAUGUAUAUGCAUAUAUACACAUUAAAUUGCAAAAUAUUUAUUUUUGACGUGUGCUCAAAUAUUUGCUACUUUUUUCUCUUUAAAACUGGCAACUCUUUAAUUGUUGCUACUUUCCCGUACACAUCUGUAAAUUUCCACGCAUCCGCCGUUAUACAAAUGUCAAACGUCAACUUCCUUCUUUUCGUGGAAAAGUAUAAAAUAUCAACUAUUGGACUGCGGCGAAUUUUAAAAUUCUUAAAUUCUUAUAAAAUAAAGCUAAUAUUGAAGUUUUUUCUACAAAAGUGAAGAGUAGAUGUUGCAUUUAAUUGAAAUUAAGUGAAAAAGUAACGCGGGCUAUGUUAUUUAAAUGCAAACUGUGCAAGAGAAAAAAAUUGUAAAGGAGGUGCGAGCGUCAUUGGAAAGUUCAGUCAAUCAAAUGUGAAAUUAUUAAAUAUGUGCAAAUAUUUUGAAUAAGUGAAAUCAUUUGUUUGUAAAUGCAAAUUAGAAGUUGCAUUUUAUAGAAAUAAAGUGAAAAAUUAAAAGUUUCUUUGCUAAUUUAAUGUUAAAUUCGAAAUUGAAAAUAUGCUAGGCAGCUGUGUUGGAAGGUGCAGUGAGUGAAAUAAUGUUAGAGAUGGAAAUCAAAUCAAAUGUUAUUAAAUAUUAUAAAAUAUGAAAAGGUUUGUUAAUAAAUGCAGAGUUGAAGUUCAAUGCCAUUGAAAUGAAAGGAAAAAUUUGUGUGGGCUACAUGAUAGAAGAGCUAAUACGCAUUUGGAAAUAUGCAAAGCAGCUAUGUUGGAAGGUACAGUGAAUGAAAUAAUAUUAGUGAAGGAAAUCAAAUCAUUUUGUUAUUAAAUAUUGAAAAUUAUAAAUACUUUAAAAUACAAAGUGAGUAUUUUAUGGAAAUAAAGUAAAAAAUAAAAGCUGUUUUCAUUAUUUAUAUAUUAAAUAUGUACAUAAAUGAAGAAAUAUAUGUACAUACAAGUGAGGGCCCUUAAGAAUAAAUUAUUUAAAAUUUAGCAAAAGUGAAGCUUUUUAUUUGUAAGUGCAUAGUUCAAGGCUAAGAAUAUAAUAUAAAAUUAUUAAAAUAUACCAAAGGUGAUGUGUUUUUUGUUUAUUAAUUAAAUUUGCUUUAAUGAAGUGCAGUGUGUAAAUUCUGCUUAUCUAUUGGUCAAGUGCUAAAUAUGCAAAUGAAAAUAAAAGUGAUAUACAUAUAAGUAAAUAUAAAAAAAGUGAAAAUGUGAAAUUUUUAUAUGUUUCCAAAGGGGAAGUAUUUUGUUGAUAAAUCCAAUGUUAAGAUUGAGAAGAAAGAAAAGAAAAAGAAAAGAAGAAAAGUGAAAUUGGGUUUUAUAUGUGCAUAAUAGUAGUGGCAAUCUAUUUUAAUAUUUGGAAAAAGUAUUCAAUUAAAUUAUUAUAUGUUUCCAAAGUGUUUUGUUAAUAAAUCCAAUGUUGAAAUUGGGGAAAAAAAUAGAAGAAGAAAAGUUAAGUGAUAAAUAUGUAAAUUUAAUUUACAAGGUCAAUCAUAAAGAAAUGUGUAAUGCUGCUACCACUCACCAACAAUAUGGAGAUCCAAAGCGUCCAAAUCUGACAGAAAUUACGGAAAAUAUUAUGCCCCGUUGAGUAGAGUAUGGUGGCUUACAGAAAAAGUUAUCGAAUAAUUAGAAACAAAUAAUUUUUGGAUAACGCAAACUCAGCAACCUUAAGGCUAAUGAAUCAUUAGUUUUGUGGAUUCCAGACAAACAAGUAUCCGCCUUUGCGACAGCAUCGUACACGCCCCGCGGAAUAAUAAAGAUCUAAACACCAGACAAACUCAAAGCCGUCACAAUGACGACAAAACCAGCAACAGUAACGCUGGGCAUUAGUGGCCGCCUUGGUGGUAAAACCAAUACUAACAACAACCAUAACAACACUGCCUCAUUUACCGCACGCCCCGCACAUAUCACACAAGCAUCGCCCACCGUGGCGAAACGUGGACACAUCCGGUCCGCGUCGCUGGAGAACGGCAAUUCCUUCACAGCCAAGAACACACUCGGUUUGCCCGUGGCAACAGCACGCGAACAGCAACAACAACACCAGCAGCAACAGAUAAACUUAAUGAGUCACACCGGCACGCUGAAGUCGCGCAAUGAGCAAAAGCGCAUGCGCGGACAGAAAUUCGGCAGUCACAGCAGUUUGGAUCAGGAUGCGUUGCCCAGCAGUGCAGGGCGAACCAAAUUUCAGAAUAUACGCCAAAUAUUUGAAAUAACCAAAAAGCGAACAUUCGGUGGCAGUAGCGGCGGUGGGAGUGGUAGCGGUACUGCGACUGCCGGCGAUGCAGAUAAAAUGUCUGCCAGCACCAACAGUAUCAGCAACAGUCAAGCGCAGCCCAACGGCGUUGAUAAUCAACGUUUGAACACACAACCGCAUGUCGCAACAACCACAACAACAACACACGGCGCCACCCCCAGCACCGCACCUGCACUAAUGUCGACCUCCAUGCCGAGCCUACAGCUGCGCCAACACACCCAAGCAUCCUAUCAGCAACAUCAGCAAUUGGUGCGUAAACCCACGCCAACGCUGACGCUGAUGGGCGCCAACGGAAGCGGAAAUCGCAGCAGUUACUCGGAAAUAAGCGAUCGGCUGAGCAUAGCGGAGAGUGUUGGCGGCAGCAGCGGCAGUUGCAUGUCUGGCAGCUUCACUAAUAUGGCUGGCAAUGCGCUGGAUGCGAAACAGAAAUUGCGCUUGCAACAACAAUUACAGCAGCAGCAACAGCUGGUGCAACAACAACAGCAGCAGCUGCAGCAACAGCACCUGCAGGCGCAGCGGCAACACUCACAGCCCGCAAUGGGUCAGUUGGCGCACCUACAUCAACAACAACAACAACAAAUGCAGCAACAACAGCAACACAUGCAGCAGCAACAACAACUGCAAUUACAGCAAAUGCAACAGCAGCCGCAGCCACAGCAACAACAACAACAAUUGCAAUUACAACAAAUGCAACAACAACAGCGCAGUUCCGGCGACAUAUCACACUUGCAACACAUUUCAACAGCAGCAACAGGUCAAACUGCAACAACAACAACAAUGAAUGGCAGUGUCGGCGUUGGAGAAACCGGCGAGCAGCAGUCGAAGCCAUCAGCAGCGCUUGCAACAACUACAACAGCUGCACCAGCUACAAUAGCAGCAACAACAACAGCCACACCAGCGAUGUCUGUGAUGACGUCGUAUGAGAAUCUUUUGCGUCCCAUCGCCUUCAAGCCAAUCCCCUUCGAGCCGGACUACAGCUUACAGCACGGUCGUUAUGUUGCCGGCGAUGUGACUGCAGCGACAACAACAGCAGCGGCGGCGACGAACAAUGUGGCGACGGCAGUUGUGGGCGAUCGUUAUGGCUCUACGCCAUCUCUGGCAGCGGCUCAGGGUUCGAACAGUAUGCGUUUUGGCAGCACGUCUGAUUUGCGGCAUGGCAGCGCCGGCGGUGGCAGCGGUGCUGGUGUCGGUGCUGGCGGUGGUGUGCUCGGAGGAGGCAUGGCCGUUGGCGCUUAUUCAAGCAAUAAUUAUUGCAACAGUCUCAUGGCGCGCCGUCGUGGUUCCAGAUCGUUGAAAAUCAACGAUAGCAUGGAAUCGAUUCGGCAUACACCGGAUUCGGACGCGAAUAGUCAAAGUAGCACAAUCAAAUCGACGGGCAGCAGCGCACACAACAACGCCAGCAACAACAGCAAUGGUCUGCAGCAAAGCGCUAUGCUCGGCGGCACAAGCAACUUCGGUUUCAUUGGCGUGGGCAGCACAGCCGGCAGUGGCAGUGGCAACUCGAGUGGCAGCGCCGGCAAUGGCAGUGGCAAGUAUCUGCUGAGCGAACAGUGCGAUAUGACGCCUUCACCGUCCGACUCGGGCAUAUCAGACUUGGAAGCGGCGCUUAAGGAUCGCGAUUCGGAACUCUCCUAUUUACGCCAAACAAUGGAGCACAAUGAGAAAGUAAUAUUCCGAGUACAAAAGGACAAAGAGAACUUCUGGGAGCAGGAGACAAAGCGUCUGAAGACAUUCUAUGAGGCUCAGCAACGUGAAUAUUUAUUGAAAAUGAAGAAAAUGGAGCAAAUGCUGGCCAUGCAACAAUUCCAGUUCAAACAGCACAAGCUGCGGCAUACCGACCAAUCGAAUAAGCUGCGGGAGCAGGUGGCCGAUUUGAAGAAUGAAAAUGAGAUUUUGAGAAGCACCAAUGGCAGCUUGAAGAAUUCCGAGCGUAAUCUCAAGGACAGCGUCGCUUAUAUUGAAGAGCAAUUGCGAGAAUCGGAGAACACCAUCGCCGGCAUAAAAGCGCAGUUGGAGGAGAGCGAAUGGAAAGUUUGCGAGCGCAAUGGCGAGCUGGCGCUGCUCAAAUCGCAGCUCAAGGAAGCAAAUGUCGAAAUCACGCUGAAGGAACACGCCAUCGUGCAUCUGCGACACGAGAACACCAACGCCGAAACGCAAAUCUACGAAAGUCUGCAGGAGAACCAGAAAAUGACGAAACAACAGAAGCAAGUCGAACAGCAGCAGGCGCGCACCGACAAGCAAGCCGAAAGCGAACUGAAGCAGCUGAACAAGAUCAUCAUACUCAAGGAUCAGGUGAUACUGGCGCUCACCAAUGAAUUGGCCAAGCUGCGCAAAGAGCUCUCCGACCUGGCGAUCUUCCAAGAGUACGGCGAGGAGCCCUCCGGACGCUUCAUACGCCUCAAACAGCAAUUGGACAACCUCACAGACAUUUGCAAUCGCACGCGACGCCAAGCGCACAAGCCGGAAAUCACGGCGGUCAAUGGCGCCAAGGAGAAGGUCAUCGACGACACCAACCUGGAGUUGAUAAUGAAUUGCCUGAAGAUCGCGCCGCCACUCGACGACACCGACGAAAGCGAAAAUGAACGCGAACGUGCGCAAAGCAAGCAACGCGCCGAGAAGCGUUUGGCCAAAAUGUCCGCUGACAUACAGAACUUCGUCUACGGCGCACAAAACCUGCCCGACAUUGCGAUGAAUCAUCAGACGACGCAUAAACCGCUCAAAUACACACAGUCCAAUCCGAACAAGCUUGAGGAGUCGACGCUAGACACGCUCAUCGAAGAGUCAGCGAGCUACGCCGAGGAGAUCGCCAAGCUGCGCAAACAGCUGGACGAUGUGCGCGUCAAUUUCGAGCUGGAAAAGCGCCAGUGGUGCGAGGAGCGCGAGAAGGUGCUGAACUACCAAAAACAACUGCAAGCGCACUACAUCAACAUGUAUCAGAAGCUGCGCAGCCUGGAGGGUACCAAUGAGGUUUAACCACGCCACCCAGCGCCGGGAAGGCAACAACGCUGCAGUCGCUUUUUUAGAAACACACACAUUCAGUUCAUUUGCUUAUUUAUAUAGUAGAAGCCGUAGUUAAUUUGUUAAUUGCUCACACUGUAUGCAUAUAUAGUUUAAUUAUUAUAUUGUUAUUGUAAUUUUAAAAAUGUCAACUAACAUACCACACACAUAUAUGUAUAUGUAUGUAUUUGAACAUAUUUAAUGCAAAAUAUUUAUUGAAAAUGUUAUAUGCACUUCAAAGCAAGAAAAAUAACACAACUGCGAAAAGUACUAUAAAAUAAUAAUUUAUAACAGUACUCCAUAUAUGUGCAUAUAUUUUAAGCGCACACAUAUCAAAUAAACGUUAAUUUUCGUAAA